GGGAGGACUCUGCAGAGCGGAAGUCGCUGAGGUGGACGGAGGCGGAGGCAGCGAGCGACGAUGAACAACAAAUUCGACGCUUUAAAAGAUGAUGAUAGUGGAGACCAUGACCAGAACGAGGAGAACAACACACAGAAAGACAGUGAGAAGGAAAAGAAUGAUCGAGAGAAACCACAGAGUAGUACCAAGAGGAAGGCUGUUGUCCCAGGGCCAACUGAGCACCCCCUGCAAUAUAAUUACACUUUUUGGUACUCCAGACGAACACCUGGGAGGCCUACCAGCUCACAGAGUUAUGAACAGAACAUCAAACAGAUUGGCACCUUUGCCUCAGUGGAGCAGUUCUGGCGGUUUUACAGUCACAUGGUACGUCCCGGGGACCUGACAGGCCAUAGUGACUUCCAUCUUUUCAAAGAGGGGAUCAAACCCAUGUGGGAGGAUGAUGCCAACAAAAAUGGUGGUAAAUGGAUUAUCCGUCUGCGGAAGGGCUUAGCGUCACGAUGCUGGGAGAAUCUCAUUCUGGCAAUGUUGGGAGAACAGUUUAUGGUGGGAGAAGAAAUCUGCGGGGCAGUCGUCUCUGUCCGGUUCCAGGAGGAUAUUAUCUCGAUAUGGAACAAGACAGCCAGUGACCAGGCCACAACAGCCCGGAUACGUGACACGUUACGAAGAGUGCUAAACCUACCUCCCAACACCAUCAUGGAAUAUAAAACGCACACCGACAGCAUCAAGGCCUGGGAGGAGUUUCAUGGCCUGGUGAACAGCAGUGGCCGCUGAUCGAACGCUCCCCUUCCCUCUGUCACACGCAGGGGAUAAUUCAAGCUUUCGAAAUACAAAAAUCACAUUGUGAGAACAAGAGUUGGCACUAAGCUCCUCUCUUCGUGUUGAAAGCACUGAGAGGUCUCCACCAGUGCCCUCCGACCUCUGAAGGGACUCAUGGGCCACUCUCUUGCGCUCCUCCUUGGAGGAAGGAUCCAUCCAACGCCCUCCAGCAGCGGUGAUAAUAGAGGCUGAUCUUGUCAUACACAAACUUUUUUAGCAGUGGGGCGGGAGGCCAACCUUUCAAUUAGCAACGUGCCCUUGGGGCCACAUCUUGCAGCACUUUCCUCUCUUUCUCUACAUGGCAUGCAGGAUCUCUGGGAUUCUGCCUUGACAUCAGAGCCUUUUGCUGAGGGAUACCAGUAUUAAAAAUCUCUCUGCAGCUGGGAGGAGCUUCCCAGUUGAGAGUCAGCCCCAUGGUUUGCAAAUACACCCCUUUCAGCUCUGCCAAUAAAUUAUUGGGUCUCUUUGUUUCUUUCA